AUGGACCAAGAGAAGUGGGAGUAUGGCCGCGCUAGCUCGAACGGGAUCGAUGUUCAGCCGCUGGUGAACGAGAACCGAAAGAAGGUCAGGGCUUACCUUGAGGAUGCCAGCAAAGAGCAGGAGAGCCGUCAGGAGCUAUUUAACAAGCUGGAUGAGCUCGAGGAGAAGAUGGUAUGCGUCCAACAAGACACUCGGAACCUCGGACCAAAUCGCUCCAAGGGCCAGAUCUCACCAGGAGUCCUGGAUAAGAUAAAUGCCUUGCGGCUCGAGGAAAGCGCGCUCAACAAAGAACACUCAAGGCUUUUAAAACUUCUCUGGGUCAGGCACACCGAGGUCCAGGGCACCAUAUCACGAAUCUUGGAGAGCAGGACAUUGGAUUUCGAGACGAAGGAUGAUGCGAAUGGGGGUGAGCCGAUCACCAUCGCGCAUCCCUCGUCCUCGUGUGCUCUGAAAGACCCGGACACUGGCGGCGCAGAAAGCACGCCGAAGGAGGCCCAGGGUUCGGGAAAGAGCAUCCCUGACUGGUUCUGUCUCCUGGAAAAGAAGGGCUGGGUGAGACUCAGAUCUCAGGGUGAGGAGAAUCGGUUCGACGAGUUGCUGAAUAAGCUGGCGAGGCUGGAGGACGAGGUCAGGCGCCAGCAGACCGAAGUACAAGGUGCCCGAAAAGCGCCGUGGGAUGAUCACUUUCAUGAGCCCAACCCCGGUUGGGCACAUGAGAGUCAACGAAUACGCGGCGGGUGGUGGACAUGUCGCGACGGCGAGGAUGCUCCGCUGGCCGAGAGGUUGUGCCAGAGAAAGUCGCAACAGCGCCACAACCCCAAGGUUAUGGCAGCCGACUACCUCGAGGAGCUCAUGGGCCGUGUGCGCACGGCCAUGGCUAUCGUGGCGGAAAAAGACAAGAAGUUUGUCACAGCAAUGAUGCAGCUCGAGCGCCUGGACGCCAGCCAUCAACUGCGAGGCGAUGAGCGAGGAAGGUUCCCGGCUCCGAGCAAGUAAUGCCACAGGAUCGGACAUU